GAUUCACGUGUUUGCCGUGUUUAUGGGAAAAAAAAAGUGACAUAAAACUGAAGAUUUUUGUUUUCGGCCCUGUCGUCUCAGGAUAUGGCACAAUCAGAAGACCAAGUACAUAAGUAUAUAAGUUCUUGAAGGUGUCUAAUAUAUUCAUUCACUCAUCUUAAAAUAUAAAAAUUUAAAAAGUAAUGCAUAAACACCUCAGAGCUUCAUGUCUAAAGAGCAUAAUAGUUUGUGCAACCAGAGCUGUUACUGAACCUACACCGCCCGAGAAGUCUAUUGCAUUAAAAUGGCCGCUGAUCACUAACGCCGCAGACUCUGAAGUUCCACAUCUAAGUCUAGAGACGUGAUAUCUAUAGAAAAAGGAGUAGAAGAAGAAAUAGAACAAGAAGAAGAAAUUGAAAAGGAAAGGCGGUAUCGUCGUUGUGGUUUCCUGAAAACGUACAUCGGUCGACCAAUUUAUAUUGUGCUACUUGGCGCAACUCCACUGACUCGUCAAAGGACCACCUGUGAAACUCAACAAUUUAAGUGAUUAUACCACGUGGAACCGCUUUAUUUUACUGCGACCAGGUCAGCCUACCAACGGAAGGACGAAUUCAAAGAUGUCAGACAAAGCAACAGUGGAUGACAUACAACAUCUCCGGGACCAACUGCAGCAAAAGGAUGCACAAGUCCAACAGGCUGCCCAAGCUGGUUUGGAACUGCUGAAUCAGAUAGCAGAAAUGCAAACUAGGUUUGAAGAACAGAGAACGGAGAUGACAAGUGCACUGGAGGAUCUUCAGCAAGACAAGUAUACGCUGAAGAAGGAAGUGGCACUGAAGACCCAACAAAUUAAAUCGUUGCAGUGGGAGGCUGAACAUUUGGAAAAACGCCAUAGGCAGAACAUAGACGAUGAAAACAAAAAACUACAGAUGAGUCACCAAAUGGAUCUUGAGGAGCUCAACAAAAAGAUGAUCCUUUUACAAUCAGCACUGGAUGAGUCACGACUGACUGAGAAACAGACUAAAGAAAAACUUGAAUUACAGACAGAGGUUCUGAAUUCUAAGAUGGAGGAACUCCGGAUUCUAAAUGAGCACACUCAAAGUUCACCAUUGUCAGAGUCAGUGGAUAUGCACAAAGUUCUUGAGUUGGAGAACAUUAAGUUGGAGUUGGAAUGGAAACACAAGGAAUCCCAGCACAGAGAGCAGCAGCUGCAAUUGAUCAAUAGCAGUUUACAAGACAAUCUGAAGCUAACCACAGAGGAAAGAAACAAAGAUGCUGCCACCUGGUGUGCAGCAUUAGAGAAAUCACGGGAAAUGAACCGGGAACUCCAGGACCGUCUGGAAACUGUUCUACAACAGGCCCAGGAUCCAAACAGCAAAGGCAAUUCUCUUUUUGCUGAGUUGGAGGAUAAACGUGCAGAAAUGGAAAAAAAGCUUAAAAACAUGAAAGUCCAGUACGAGUCACUUCAAACACAGUAUGACUUCAACAAACAACAGUUGCAGCGUAUGAAGGUUCACAUUGCUACUCUGAUGCAGCUCCGAUGUUCAAGGGUCGACCCCUCUCAAAUGGAGAGACUCCAGUCUUUGUUGUCAGAGAAGACUGAUGAAAUACACAAUCUCAUGACCAAACUACAGAAAUUGGAGAAGGUUGAGCUAUUGUUGAAGACCCAGAGUAAUAAUCCACCACGUUCUGAAACUGGUAACGGCCAGGAAGAAACGUUUUAUAUUGACCUACUCAAAAUGCAACUCGACAAUGCAAUGAAGGAUGUAGAACGAUUAGUCAAUGAACUUUCUCUGGUAAGGAUGAAGUCUUUGUCAGAAAGCCAGAAAGUUCUGCAACUGGAGAGGAAACUCUUCGCCGGUGAUCGUCUUCUCAAACAGGCCGAGUCUGAUAAAAUCCAAUUACAGCUUCAGGUGGAACAUCUACAAGAGAAAUAUGAACCCAAAAAAACAACUAAAUUAUCCCAGGGAGGAAAGAACGAGAAACUCCCUGUAAAUACUUUAUCAUCAUUUGAAGCAACUGAACCUAUUAAGAGCAAGAAGAUUUCAAAGGAAUCUGGCAUCUCUCUUUGCCCAGAGACCGGAUCUGAAAAGGCGCCAGAAUCAGCCAAGCAUGUCAAGAUCUGUGAGGAUAAUCCUGUUCUGAUCCCCAAUCCAAGGUCUCCUGGGGCCAACUGCAAGGAGGAAAACCACGAGCAAAAAGAAAAUGUGGAAAGAAAAAAAAAUGAAAAUGUUAAGGUGAUGCAUGUCUGCGCUCAACACAGUAUGGAAACCCAGUGUUCUCAGCAAUAAGGACUUUACAUUACUUAAUGACAUGACACACACAAAGGAAUCAUUCCUCAUAUGUACACUUGUGUAAACAUUUAGAUUAUUUUCUUGUAUUUUUGGAUGUUUUAGCCUCAUAAGUACACGUCUGCUGUAUCAAAUGUGCUUUUGCCCUUUGAGUAGAUAAAAUAAAGCAAUGUAUUCAAAAGAACAAUCUUAAUUUUAUGCAACAUAGCUGAACUAU